AUGGCUUAUAUAUAACUUAAGAUUGGUGAUAGUCCUAGUAAAGUGAAGUUUAUUGAUUUUUUCAGGAUGCGUGAAUUUGUCAUUUGCGUUUGUGGAAGGUAAGAGUCUACUGAUGGCAUUAAAAGACAUUGCUCUUUCAUCUGGAAGUGCUUGUACAUCAGCAUCUCUGGAACCUUCCUAUGUUUUACGUGCAAUCGGAGCUGACGAAGAUUUGGCUCAUUCCUCAAUUAGAUUUGGUAUUGGAAGAUUUACAACCCAAGCAGAGAUAGACUACACAGCUGAUAAAUGUAUUGAACAUGUGACCAGAUUAAGAGAAAUGAGUCCUUUGUGGGAGAUGGUUCAAGAAGGAAUAGAUUUGAAGACAAUAAAAUGGUCACAGCACUAGAACAAAAUGUUAAUAAUUAUGUGAUAUUAUAUAUAAACAGCUGGCCCGGUCACUAAAAUGUCUGAAUUUUGUUGGAGGGAAGUGUACCAUAACUUGUUUGUUUUACACACCAACAGUUUGUUUCUUGAGUUUUUUUUCUGUAUCAUUGACAAUGUUUUUAUGAGUACCAGUCCAGGAUUUGUAAAAUACUGUAGGACCAGUCUAC